GUGAGCAUCAACUUCGAUGCAUACGGUGGUGUCAAGCAUGAGAUCCCAGAUGUCACACCAACUGCAGAGUUGCCUUCAGCGCUCGCUGAAGCGUCUAUUGCGACAUUGGACGCAGCAGAUGUUUCGCCUAGUGUGCGACCUGAUCUCGCAGCCGAUGUGGUGCCAGACACUACGCCUAUGGCACUUGAUGUGUGGUCUGGGGGGCCUGAUUCUGCGCCUGAUCUUGGGCCUGUGGUGCCUGAUGGGGCGCCAGAUGCUGCAG